AUGGAUGUGCCAAAACCUUCAGGAGACGACGCUGCUAACUGCUCUGAGGCUGGCAACAGUUGCCCACCUCUUCUUAGUGUUGAUCUUCCUUCUGUGAGUGAUAUUACAACAAGAGCAAAGGAACCACAACUGCCUGUAGAAAUUGUGUUACUGACAGCGGAAAAAUAUGAGUUUUUGUCUUGUUACCAGCAGUUAAAAGAUCCAUACAGAUGGUGGUUUGAUGACCUUGGUUACGUUUACUUUGAAGAUGUGGAUCAAAAUCAAGAAGAUAGGGUGAAAGUUGCACUGCUGCAAUGUGAAAGAGGCAGUGUUGGUCCAGGUAGUGCCCUGAUUACGGCAAAGAAUGCAGUUACUGUGCUAAAACCCAAGGCAAUCAUUUCUGUUGGGAUAUGCAGCGGUCUCUGCAGCCCUGAGAAGACUCAACUGGGAGAUGUUGUUGUUUCAGCUAAAGUUUCAACGUAUGCUUCCAAAGUAGUAACAAAUAACCAAGAGCAAUCAACUGGUAUGAGGAGUUAUGUAAGCAAACGCUUUCUUAAUCUUAUCAAGAAUUGUGCAGAUGGCUGGCAGGCACCUUUGAAGAACUCUGAAGAUCAUGAAGUCAAAAUUCACUGUGGUGAAUUUCUUAGUGGCCCAGAGCUUGUCAGUGCUGACUGGCGACGUAAACAACUUGCUGAGCUUCAUCCCCAGGCAGUUGCCUUGGAGAUGGAAGCUGAAGGUUAGUUGACUGCUUGAAAUUCCAGCAGGAUUCAGUGUUCUCCCCAGGUACUUAAGGCUAGGUUUGCCGCCUGGCUUAAUUCACUGGAAAAUCAUUGCCGCCUGGCUUAAAAACCAAAGAUUUAUCCCAAUGGAAGCUUAUGUUGACAUCUAGAACUAGAAUCUUGGACAAAAUAAAUCAAAAUGGGAAAUUUAUACCCCCCUCCCCCUCCCCCCCAAAAAAUCGGGGAUGGGAAAAUGGCGCGUUUUGGCUUUUGCACGGCUUCAUCUUUGAUUUACAUGUAGGGGGAAUGGGGGUUUGCUGUUCCAGUUAUUCUGUCCAAGAUUGUAGGUACUUCAGAGACAAAAUCACACAACAAUGUUGAUGAAACAUUUUCUAUGGUGUUUUCAUUUGUUUGUUUUCUUGGAAUUAAUUGUAUAUAAGAGUGAUUUACCGUUGGAUGAAUAAACCUGUGAUGCAUUUGUUUCGUCAAACGGCAGUCAUCUUGAAAUUGUCUGAGAAACACAAGGGCCCUUCAAGGAGCUUACAUGGAGUAAGAACUGAAAUUCCCGCUCUCACAUUUUAUGAAGUGUCACAAAUCACAGUGGAAAACUCAAGUCAACCCAAGACAUGUGGAACAAAAUUGAAAAGCUUAUCAAAACAAAUUGAGCUCUUUUUUUACUGUGGAAAAGAGACAGAAAAGUGAUGAAAAUCCGGUGGAAGAAGUUCAGUCACCUAAAAUGGUACCAAAUCUUCCAAAAUCGAUUAAUUCCAAACAUUGAAAAUCAGAACAAGACUUUGAUUAUGAGAAAGCAGCUACCAUUUAGGGGACUCAGAAAAAACAGAAGAGUAACAGUUACUUGCUAACCAAGUGAACAACUGAAAUUAAAUUUCCAAGUCUUCAUUAAAUUUUUUUCUGGCUACAGCAGGCUUCUUACAAACACUGUUAAAAAUCUCAGUCAGAGGAGCCCCUGGACUUCCCAAAAUCCUAGGGAGAACACUGUUUUUCUUUUGCAUUCAUUCGUGACGUGCUUAAUAUGCAUGCCUGGCACUAGCUGGCAGAAUGGCCUCUUUGUCAAAACCAUCACUCAUCAUCUCUAGGGUAGGCUGUUGAAUGAAGAAAAUGUACAUUUACAUAAGUACUAUUUUAUGUCCCUAACUUUUCAUGUGAAGAAUGGUUUUGACAAAAUAAUUAAUGAAUUAGUCACUACUUUUGAAGGUUACUAUGUACAGCCAGUGGUGAAUAUGUUGUGGUUUAAAUUUUUCCUUGGUUUAAAAUGUUCAAACUAGUUUAAUUUUUGUUUUUCUUUGUCUCUGAUUAUGGUAAUUGAUUUUAGACAAAGGAAAGUAAAAAUUAAACUGGUUUGAAAAAUUUUAAACCAAGGAAAACCACAACAUAUAUAUUGUUAACGUAAUAUGCUGCAAAAUUUCAUGUAUUUUCUCCUUUCCCGCUGGUGGGGGAGGGGAGGCCAAGCAGUCUUACACCCUGAACAUCUGCAGGUCCAGGUGUAAACCUUGAUGUUGCAUUGUUUUUUAAUUAGACAAGAAACGUUUAUGUUCCAAUCCGUUUCUCUUCACCCAGGUGUGUAAAAAGAUACCGGCGACGUGCUGUUGCACAAUGUAUAUAUAAUACAUAGAUUUAGCCAGGGCUAGAAGCGAAGCUCCCUUUAAUAUUUGUAAUUUCCUCAAAGAAAAUAUAAAAUCGAGUAAUAUUAAAGACAAGGUGAAAACAACGAGAACGACAAUUGCAACUUUGCAUGUGCAGCACACGUUUUUUAACAUUUCCUUGCCGUUGUUUUACACGACUAGAACGUGAAAACUUCUUUUAACUUCCUAUUUACAUGUUUUAUGGAGGAAAUGUAUCAUAUUUUGUGUUCCUGUUCACUCUGUUUUUUCACUGCCACUCAUUUUCACUUUGGUAGCCGCUGCAUUUCUCAUUUUCUAACCGCCGCUAUAUAAUUUUCGUGUUUUUCUUCCAACGAAAUUGGCCUCCGUUGUUAUUUAUUUCUAGCUCUAGCUCUUUCCCUGUUAAUGUAGACGUUAAAAUUUAGUAGAAAAAGGGCUUGUUUUUGUUGUUGUUGUUGUUGAUGUUGUUGUUUUUUUCUCUCUAAAAGUCCGGGCGGCCAGAUUUACCGCCGAAACGAGCGAGGUGCUUGAAAUGCAAAAUUUCACCUCAGCUAUAACAUAUUCUUCCCCCGACGGGCUGACGUCUGACUUGCUUCCCCCUCCCUCAGCGUCUGUACAGACGGGAAGUCGUACGCUGACGUUAUAAGCAAAUUUUCUUGGAUGGAUAGAUUACCAAAUUUUCUUAGCUAUGGGGCUCCGCGCGCGAGGAGCUCCCCUAUGACCCUGCAGUAGAAUGUUAUCUCCUCUAGGGGGUAUCCUAUGUGGCAGGCAUUUGUAAGGGAAGGAAGAGGAAGAAUAAACUGAAGGUGCGGGGAACACUCUUUACGUACUCGCAGACCGUAACUCGCCCUUUCUUUUUCUCUUUAAAUACCUGCCAUGUCUGCUACUCCAGGUCAGAGUAGCAUUAACUCUAAGUGCCGAGUUAAGCUCUGCCUGGUUGGGCUUGUGGACCCGUAACAAUGCACCUUUAUCUUCUCCUUCUUUCCAUUAAGGAUUAUAAUACUAUUUUGUGGCAGGCAUUUUUACGGCUGCAUUUGACAGUGAGAUUGAGUGGCUGCUGGUUAAAGGAAUUGCUGAUUUUGCAGAUGGUGCUCACAUGACUACAGAGAGUUGGUGUUCCUGUGCUAGUGUGAUGGCGGCUUCUCUGGUAAAGCAUAUCCUGGGCAAUCCUGCUGUUUUUCGUUCUUGGCCUCAUUUUGAUGGCAAUGUUAGUACGUGAAUCUUAAUUGGUUUCCUAUUUGGGGUGUCAUAAUUAUGGUUUUGAAACACGCUUUCUAUUAACAGAUCUAAUUCCUUCACUGAUAAAAUAACUCCCAGUUCAUGAUUCCCCACAAUUUGGAGGAGCGUUGAAAUGUCUUAACGGCUGCGAAGGAGACUAGCUUAGUUCUGCAACACGCUUUUGUUAACAGAUCUAAUUACUUCAUUGAUAAAAUAACUCCCUGUUCAUGAUUCAGCAAUUUGACUCUAAUUAAAAUUUAUGUCUUAUUUCGCCAGGAUACUUUGAACAGUAAAAGUGAAAUAUCACAAUAAUUUGUGUAGUUUUAUUACAAUGUACUUAUAAUAGUACUUGGUAGAAGCCUCCCUUCUCAUCACAUGUUUUAUGUUUCUUUGAACAGUUCGAGCUUCCAAACCAUUCGACCUAAAGCGGUGUCAAGGUCCGCUGCAGGCAUUCUACAACUCAAUGAACAUGGUACAGAUCACUCCAUGGAACCCAGAUGACAGGGUGCACAUUGAUGAAGUGUACACGAAUCUCUCAUGGCUGAGAGAUCAUAAGACUCCCCGUGGUACGAGUCAGAAGAAACUCAAGGACUACGGCGAGAUUUUCCAGGGCACCGAUCGCUUUCCAAACCCCAAACGAAUCCUUAUUUAUGGAAGACCUGGGAUAGGGAAGACCACUUUCUCUCAAAAAAUUGCUUUCGACUGGGCAAAUGACCGAAAAGAAAUCUUGAAAAAGUUCGAUGUUUUGUUGAUGAUUAGGUUGCGAGAUGUUUGUGGCUCAGAAGACUUUAGAGCUGUUUUAAAGGCUUCCAAACUAUUGGCCGCCGAUGACUCGAUCACCGUUGAGGACCUGCAUAAUUAUAUCCUUCAGAACCAAGAUAAAGUGUUACUAGUCCUAGAUGGCUAUGAUGAGUACCAUGCUGGAGCCUCGUCUCCCAUCGACCGGAUAAGAGAAAGAGAUCUUCUUAGAGAUUGCUGUGCUAUUAUGACUACCCGACUAACAGAGAUUGACAAGGUGAGGAGGUCAAGUGACGUCCAACUGGAGAUCAUAGGUUUUGAUACUGAAGAGCAAGUUAUAGAAUUCGCCAGCAAGUAUGUCGAUGGUGAAAAAGAAGCUUCGCAACUUGUAGAGUACUUAAGAAGAGAGAAGAUUUGGGAUAUAGCGAAGUUUCCGUUGCUUUUGCUAAUGAUGUGUCUAGUUUGGAGAGAUCGACAAUGUAAAGGAUUGCCCAAAUCAAAGCUAGAGCUCUACGAGAGAUUUGUGGAGACCCUGCUUUAUCAAAUGGCUUUAAAGGAGUCGGGCAAAAGUAUGAAAAGGAGCAGUAACGUCGUUGAAUUCUACAGAGAAGAGUUAACCAAGAUUGGAAAGCUGGCUCUAGAUGCUCUGUUACAGGGAACCCUUUAUUUUCCCCUCAAUCAGAUUCAUACCGAAAGUAAAAUACUGAGCGAAACAAUGAUCCGUUCUGGUCUUUUCCAGAUUUCUAAGCUGUCUAGUGCAUCUCCUGAUGAGAUUGUCUGUUUCCUUCACAAGUCAAUUCAAGAGUUUUUGGCAGCCUGGUUUAUAAUGCAUGAGGCAGGUCUCAAGGAUGGAAAGGCAGACUGUUUGUCAAGCAUCGAUUCACUAAGUAAAGUUUCAAAAGUGAAGGAAAUUCUUGUGUUCAUGCUGCAGUGGUCAGAAGAAAGUGCUAAAGCUGUAUUUAGUCUUCUUCAGUUGGUAGGAGAAAAAGAAGGUUUGACAGAAUACAACUUUGCUGAGGCGCCUAUCACUAAAGAUUUGUCAGAGGAUCAAAGAAAAUUUUGUACCUUGUGUUUGGAUUACUUUCAGUUCUGCCCGGUCGCAUACAUGCAGGCUGUGUCUCCACUGUUCGUAAACAGUGUUCACGGUGUUGUAGUGGUAGGCAGGGAUCAGCGACGUAGCAUUGCCGAAAAGAAAGUAUUGAAGUUUUUAAAUUCAUGUAAACCGAACUAUUUAUUGUUCGAAAAUUCAAGCUCAUACAAGGAUAAUCAUUAUAUCUUCUCCAUGAUGUGUGAUUUAGAAGCUGUUAUUGUAACUUGUUAUGGCGAAACCAGGUCUGUGAAUGAAUGCAUGUGCCACGCUUUUAGUGAAGAUACUUUCUGCCUAAAGAAAGAAGAACAAAAAAUGGUUCUCUGCCUAGUCCUUGUCAAUGAGUGGAUGCUGAGCCAGUUAAAACUACUCAGAGUACUAACAUCAUCAGAGUCUCCACAGACUUCUCUUGAAAUGCCGUCUAUUCGCACAACAACAACAUCACGUCGGGUUCAGAAGCACUCUCUAUCAUAUGUCAGGGAGAUUAUACUUCUGAUUUCGAGUAUCUCUGGUUUACAACGUGCGAAUGUGAAUGGUUUGUUACCUUUUCUCAAGAGACCUCAAGUGGUGUUUAUUCGUGCACUUUCUCAUAGAAACGCCUACCCUGGUUUGUUGACACGUUGUUUUCCUGAGGUUUUCGCUUAUUUUACGGACAAUCUCUACAGGCUAACACUCAAUAACUUAAAUUUAACAGCUACUUGUGUCUCUGAAAUCGCCAGGUCACUACAUCAGGCCCCUAAGCUACGACUGCUUGAUUUGUCAGAUAACAGGUUCUGCAGUGCGGAACGCGAUAUGGCAAAUGAAGAUAAAGAGUUCCAGUUACUUGCCAUUUCACUCAAAUAUCUGGUACAUUUACAAGUGCUGAGGUUAUCAGGAAACCCUCUUGGUCGUGGGCUUAUUCAUGUAGCCAAAAACUUACACAGUAUGCCUCAUCUGACUGGGCUGAGACUGUCUAAAACACAGAUGGGUGAAGAGGAAGUUUUAUCUAUAGCCGGUAGUUUACAUAAUGUUUCUCGUUUAACGGUCCUUGAUUUGCAUUGUAACAAGCUAGGUCGGGGUAUUUGUGAGUUAUGUCAGCACCUGCACAGUGUUCCUCACCUGACCGAGCUGAACUUGCGCGAUACACAAAUGGGUGAAGAGGAAGCCACAGCUGUAGCACGUGCUCUGAAGGAUUUACCAGAGCUGGAAAAGCUUAACCUAUCCAAAAACCCACUGGGUCAUGGGAUCACAGAACUCAGCCGGCAUCUCAGUAGUGUUUCUAAGCUGACUCACCUAUUCCUGACUGAGGUUCAAAUGACAAGGGAAGAGGCCAGUGAAUUGUGUACAGCGGUGCGUGAAAAGGAGAUCUACCUGGACACAGAUUACCAUGUACGUUUUUUCUUUUUUUUUUCACUUUUAUGAAUGUUCUAUAUAUUCUUUAACUAUUGCGUGAUGUUGUUCUUAUUAUUCAAUCUCUUUUAGUAAAUUACAUUUAAUAACUUUUAUCACGAGCCUACGAUCCAGAUUUCGUCGAUUUUUUUGGUUUUUUUUUGGUGGGGGAGUAUAUGGAUUUUGUUAGUUUGUUUUAUUCCUAGAUGUGAGGCAAAAAACGGGUCUAGGAGUUUUAGACGACAGAGUCCAGGACUGAAAAAAAGGACCUUGUUUGAGCGACAGUUCACUGUCAAAUAGGACAUACAAUCAUGAAAAAUAUAUAUAUAUAUAUAUAUAUAUAUAACAACAGGAGUUUCCUCUGGCCUUUGUUUCCGUGCGAAGCCAUUGCUAUGAAAAUGAAAUUUAAUUCGCAUGCAAAUGAAACUCAUUAUCACCUGAAAAGUUUUGCACUUAGCCCACGUUUUGAAGUUGAAGGUUUUUAGAACACAGAAAUGGCCUAUUUAGUAUCAGAGAUUAACGUUUCCAUCCCUGAAAUGGCCAAUUAUUUUGAGACAAGGAGUCUGAAAAGACACGUAUAAGGAAACGAUCUGCUACGGAACACUUCUCAUUGCCGUUGCUAUGUAAACGCAAUUGUUGCCAUCCACUUUGCACAUGUUCUCCGAAUGAACCGUUGUCCGUAUUAAGCGGGUUGAUUUUAGAGAAAACAUAUGAGCUGUUCGCCAGGACAAACGAAAGUGGCAGCUGUGCACGGGCGUCCGUGAAGCGGGAUUCCACUGUUUUCAGAAGUUUUGCAGUUUUCCAUUAAAGGAAAACAAAGGAGCUUAACAUUUUCAGGAAACCGAAUCCACUUUAUGUUACUCAUCAUUCGCUUGAUUUUGUUUUCGCUAACGCAUUUAGGUCUGCAAUUAUGACAAGAGAAACUGGCGAGUACGCCAAGGGCUAGAUUAAAAGAGCGAUGAAAAGGAACUUUGGAGGAGAUUGAAUAUGACAAGAGUGAGAGACAAAAGCAUGGGUGAUUGCGUGAAAAGCGGUUUGGGCACAACUCUUUGCAAAUAUGGUAUGUAUAUUUUAAAAGUAGGGCACCCUCAAGUCCUCAAGUCGUGGUGAGCGUUUUCCUAUUUUCACUUCUUUAGUUCGUUUUGUCGUUCCAUUUAUCAUUCCGUCGUAUCGCGGUCGUCCCGUUUCACCGUUUCUUCGUUUCGAUUUGUCGUUUUAGCUCUUGAACUGCGCUGGACUGUAAACAAUAGCGCUGUAAUUCACAUAGACAGUAUGUUACAUGAGAGUGUUGUUCAAGAACGGUCCCCAUAGUAGGGUUUUUUAAAAAAGCCGGCGUCUCGUUUACAGGGGAUGGAUGAAAACGGAGGUUGAUGUCAAACAUCGAACAUUAUAAAAUUAUACUACUAGCAUUACGCAUGCUUUGUAAGGGAUUUCCAUCGUUUUAGCAUUUUCAUGUGGACAGGCGAAAAUGAUUCUAAGACGCUACGUGAGGACGCGUAUAUUUUUGGAAACUGGGGAAGAAUCUUCAUACGGCAAAAUUUUAUGCAGCAAGUGACCUAAUAAUAGCCCACUUCCAAAGAAACGCCUCUUAUCUAAUAAACGCCACCUCUACGCUGUUAGACGCCCCUCUCUAAUGAACGCCCCCUGUCUAAUAGACCCACUCUGAGAAUUGCUCCAAACUACUAGUGAUUAGCAAACAUAGGCACGUUUAACGUGCAUGCAUGAGCUAUUUUAAAUGCUUCAGUGUAACCGUACCAGUAAUCUACUAUGUUAAUCCUAAAUUUAGACUAUUUUGUACAUUGAUGAAAACACGAGACGCUGCCCACAGUUGCGUCGAUCCUCAUUCUAUAGGUUCACUUUUCUUUGUCUUUCCUUCGGACAUCUUGGGCGAAAUAAACAAAUUGUUAAAGUAGAGGGAAGACUCGAAGGUUUCUUAAUGGUUUCUUAAGAUAAUGUGGUUCGUCGAAUACCGAAUAGCUCAGAAAUGUUACUAUUUUCAUCAUCGUUGUAGAGGAGUGCAUUAUCAUUAUUCACGAGGUUGUCACGUGCAAUUCUACUUCAUGGAACAGUCUUUAACUUAGAUGACUUGAUUCUACAACUUGAUUCUACAUUCUAAAAGUUAAAGAAAAGAGCCUUUACUUAAGGCACUGGUUACAAAACUAAAGAGGUCUUCAUAUGGUCAACUUACUAUUAUUUACUGUGAAAAGCCAGUCUGCGUGAGAUGUACAGUGACACAGUUUGCACGUGAAAGAGUAGGACUUUCGUGGUUCGUACGUGAGGGAAUUCGCGUUAUCACACAGUAAUCUAGCACGUGAAAUGUUAGAUAUUGUCCUUUUAAAAUUCUUACGUAAAACAAUGCAAAUUGUAGUCUUCCACGCAGAAUUUCUUAGAGGUUCUCGCUCGACAUACGUCUGCUGACCCGAGUGGUAAAAAAGGUAAAAAACGUAGACCAAUCAAAGAACACUUACAGAUCUGGGAAGUGCACGCACGAGACCCAGCUUACGAAAAGACCACAAAAGGUUUCAUGAAAGACCUUUCAACAGGAGUAACAGGAGUAAACUACUCAGUUAACUCACACACCUGGAGGCUACCCUCACAAAGGCAUUGAAAAAAAUUACCUCAGAGCUUAAAUUUGCCGAACGGAAGACGGCCUUACUAUAAAACAAAGUGCGAAAAUAAAAUUCGGCCCCUCACUCAAAGAACAACUUUAUUCACCACUUGCACAACUCUCAUAAUGCACCUUAUUUGCCCCCCCAAAUUUUGCAUAACCUUUGUUUUUCAUUUCUCCUGGGUAUUGCAGCCGUCUUAAGAGAAAUUGAAACAAUGCUUAUGCAAAAUGAACAACUUUGCUGCAAGACUAAGCCAGAAACAUAAAAGAUAUUCUGACAUUCAUAAACAGAUACAGUGUGUACAAUCCGGUCGCAGUCCACAAAACUUUAAAUUCAACUGGGUUGACUCCCAAUAAUUUAUGUUGUCACCACAUGAAAAACAAGAUUGGUAAAAAUAGAAAAUUGUGAAUCGAUAUAGGAUGAAAAGUUAUUACCUGAAGUAAGAAAAAUUCUUUUAACUGCAACAAUGACACUGUAACAUUUUAUCAUAAUACCAUCAUUACCUAAUGAUUCAUUAUUUGCAUCUUUUUGUUUUUCUUAGAAUGGAGGCCACAAGUUUAUGAUACACAAAGAAAGAAAAUCUUUUGCUGGAACAAUUGCUUUUCUAUCAGGAGAUAAUCUUGGCUUUCAGUUAAUUGGAGGUUUCAAAGAAGGUCCUGGUGCUCACACUAAUGUAGACAUUGCAUGGGUUCAUCUAAUGCAAUAA